AUGACCGACGUAGGACAAGUGACCCCAACCCUCCCUUCCCAGGAGCACCAGCACCAGCAGCAACUACGCGCGUCUGAUCAACAGAGUCACGUCCAAGAACUCCAGUCCACAACGGGUGCCCUCGAUACCUUCAGCCACCAGGGUUACUCUAACCAGUCUCUUCAGCAACAACCGCCAGGGCACCAGGAAAUGACCUUCCACCACCACCACCAACACCAUCACCACCACCACAAUCAACACCAGCCAACGCAUGAUAGACAGCUAGUUGAGGAUAUCACGCGUGCGUUCCUGUUGCAAGAAAUGACCAGCGAUCCGACAGGGGUCCGUCAGGGGUCGCAGUCAAUGCUGCUUCAACAGCACGCCCCCUCUUCUGUCCUGCCCGCCGAGGCCGACGAUGAACUAAACAUCUAUGACUACAUCUAUGCCAAGCAGGAGGACGACGACGAGCCAGAGGAUCACGUUGUCUCGGCAAGUUCAUUAUCUGCCACACCUGCUGCGAUUCAAGAUCUCUCUUCCCACCACCACCUCUCUCCCGUCUUGACUGCAUCCUCCGUCGCUGUCGUCUCUCCCUCUUCCCACUCUGUCACCGCCACCUCCUCCUCUUCCUCCUCUUCUGUCUCGCAAUAUGACCAUGCCACCGCGGACACCAUGAGCAAGGACACUUCCGAUUCGACCCUUGACACCAGCAGUAUCAAGGCCAAGGACGACAACGAUAACGACAUCGGCAGCAACGUUCUCUUUGGACCCGUCAACUAUAUGGACACCACCGCCAUGGAGAUUUAUGAGUCAUCACAGGUCGUGUCCCUGCCCAACCAGGACCUCUAUCGCCUUCUCCUCGACGAGUUGCAGUCGACCACCCAGCGUGAAAAGUACUUUUCAACCCACACGGAAGCGCCCAUCGUUGCCAUGUCCUUUCUCUACAAUGGACAACAGACCCAGACGCAGACCCCAACAAAUCCAAACAUGCCCAUGAUGGGCGAGACCGCGGCGAGUCCGAGCGUAUUCUCUACAAAGCCUGAACCCUUGCUGGCGGUCAAAUCCGAAUUCGAGCCAGAGAUGGGGACAUCAGAUCCGGGGCCUGCCGCUUCAUCAUUUUUAUCGGCCGGGGUAACAACCCCUUACUCGAGCGCGAUGGAGGAUGUCUUUAUGGAAACAGCUGACCCAGAAGACGACCCUAUGUCGCCAGGACACUCGUUUUCUUCGCCGUCUUCCUCGGGUUCGGUUACACCAGAAUUGACGUCACCUUUGCUCCUGCCUACCAACAUCAGUUCGCUCCCUUCCUCUUUCCCUCCAUCUCCCAGGCCCGAGCACGCCAAAACAGCUCUCAAGAUUACCGUGCCCAAGUUGUCCAAGCCCGCUUUCGGUGCCUCCAAGCCUACCAGUCGAACUGCCAGCACCUCACCCAUCAUCCAACUCAAGCUGGAGUCUGCAAUCGAACAGCACAAUGCGAGACACAAGGUUACAGGAGCGAAAAGGAACAACAAUCAAUCGCACGCCGAGCCAGGAACAACACAGCCAGGACGUGCCAAAAAGCGCAAACUGAGCCGACAACAACAAAUGACAAGUGUCUCCCCUAGUCUCUCGCCCAUCCUGACAGCACUCCCUUCGCCCCCAGCGUCUGUUAGGACAACGCCGCCUAUGCACCCCUCUGUCAUGGAUAUUUCUUCAGCUCUCGAGAAAAUCGACUUGCCUCCUCCGUCUAUCCCUGUGAAGGGCGCCGCUACUGUCGAGCCAUCAUCCCCCGUCUCGCCAAUCACCCCCUCCCACACCAAGGACGCUUUGAACAGAACUGGAUCAUCAGCAGAGGAGGAGGAGGAUGAUGUGAUCAUGGAUUCGGCCACCGAAUCGACCAGCAGUCGCCCUGUAAAAAAGAAGAACGCCAACGCCAAGAACAAGCGACCCUGGACGACAGAGGAGGAAAAGCUGUUGCUGAAAAUGGUUGACGACCAGAUGCCCAUCAAGGAUAUUGCCGAGACUCUUGACCGGUCGGUCCACUCUGUUCGUUCGCGGCGUCAGGUGUUGACAGACCCAGGAUUCGUCAAGGGCAACGGGCACGCUCAACCUCGCCGCUCUAAACCCGACCCUUCGUCAAAGCUCCCGACCUACUCGCAGAUGGCGUUCUUGUCCUUGGCCAGACUGCCAGAUCUCCAGGGCACGCUCAACGAUGUUGCCAGCAUGGUUGAGAAGCUGUUUAGCAGAUACCUCAACCGGAUCCCCAGGACUGGCCACAAGAAUCUUCAGAUCUGGCGCGCUCAGAUUUCGGACGCGUUGGCCCACGAGAAGGGUCAUCCUCGUCCACGUUUUGAGAGCUUUGGGAUCAAGCGAGGCCGCCAGUGGGUCUACCGUCUCACCGUCUUUGGCAAGGGUGUCAUGGAAGCGAUGGAAGGUGUUGACGAGAUUUGCGAAGACCUGUUGAAGAACAGUGAGACGUUGGCUGGAGGAGUCGAUGGCGAGGGCACUGCAGCUGGAGGAGCUGGAGCAGGACUUGGACAGGGCAGCGGAUAUGGAUACAGCUACUGCCCUGACGCGUUUACAACAAAAUCGAACUCCAAGGACUCGGACUCGUCGAUUGAUCUGGAUGCGGUCAAGAAGGAGGUCGUGGAGGAUACCAGCCCAGAGGCACUUGCGGCAUCUGCGGCGAUUGCCAAUGCGAUGGCUGCAAUGGCGGCUGGUAUGGCAGCCAUGACGGCAGCUGAGGACGAGAAGACUGCGGCAGCUCUUUCGAUGAGCGUUCUCAAGACAGGAUUGUCUGAUGCCAAGGGCAAGGAGAGUCAUGUCACCACCGCCUCUGGAUCUCGUGGCCGUCGCUGCCGUGCUUAG